ACAAGGCCGAUUUUUGAAAGCAUAAAAAGGGCCAUUUCUCAACCCCAUUUGAAACCAAGCUCAAACAAUAAAUACUAUCACUGUUUCUUUCUCUUUUUUUUUUUUUAACUUAGUUUCUGAGUGAGUAGCAACAGAUGUAUUAUUGUAGUGAAUCAAGAAUGGGUGGAUUCACUGUCUUUGUCGGUGGUGCUGCUUUGCGCCGCUGCUUGUUGCCAUGCUUUCCCCUUCAGAGAUGGACUAUUGGACAAUGGCGACUUCGAGAUGGCGCCCGCCAAAUCCGAUCUCAAUGGCACAAUUGUGCUCAAGCCACACGCAAUACCGAAGUGGCAGAUUUCCGGCUUUGUGGAGUACAUAAAAGCCGGGCAAAAGCAAGGCGACAUGCUCUUGGUUGUUCCGGAAGGUUACGCGGCAGUUAGGCUCGGGAACGAGGCUUCCGUGAAGCAAUACGUAAACGUGACGAAAGGGAUGUAUUAUUCGAUCACGUUUAGUGCGGCAAGAACUUGUGCUCAGGAGGAGAUGGUGAACGUUUCGGUGGCACCCGAUUUCGGCGUGCUGCCUAUUCAGACUCUGUACAGUAGCAAUGGAUGGGAUUCGUACGCGUGGGCUUUUCGAACGAGCUCUAGUGUGGCGGAGAUUCUGAUUCAUAAUCCGGGCGUGGAGGAGGAUCCGGCUUGCGGGCCCCUCAUUGACGCAAUCGCUAUUCGGGCCUUGUAUCCACCUAGGCCAACCAGGGAUAAUCUCCUAAAAAACGGGGACUUUGAAGAAGGCGCGUACAUACUACCCAAGACAAGCUGGGGCGUCCUCAUCCCCCCAAACAUCGAGGACGACAACUCACCGCUGCCAGCCUGGAUGGUGGAGUCACUCAAAGCAGUCAAGUACAUCGACCGGGCCCACUUCUCGGUGCCACACGGAGAACGAGCAAUCGAGCUAGUUGGCGGGAAAGAGAGUGCCAUCGCACAGGUGGCGAGGACGAUAGCUGGCAAGACCUACCAGCUCACUUUCGCAGUGGGCGAUGCCAGCAACUCCUGCGAGGGGUCCAUGAUCGUCGAGGCGUUUGCUGGCAGAGAUACGGUCAAAGUCCCGUACGAGUCGAGGGGCAAAGGCGGGUAUAAACGUGCGGUGCUCCGUUUCGUGGCCCCGACUAACCGGACCAGGAUUAUGUUCCUUAGCACUUACUACCACAUGAGGAGCGACGACUAUGCUUCGCUGUGUGGGCCCGUUGUUGACGAUGUGAAGCUGCUCAGCGUUCGUAAUCCGAGGAAGCUUGUCUGAAGAGAAAAGACCUCCGUUCGAUGACUAAUACUUAAGUAAUAUUGAACUGUGCCUCGUCUUUUUUUUUUUUUUUUUUUUUUUUUUUGUUUAUUUGGGGAAUUUUUCGGUUGCUAUGAAUACUGAGAUAUACCGACUUUGAAUUGAAGAUGUAACAGUAUAUAUAGAGAAGUGUGAUUUUCAUAUUGAGGUGUUAUAAUUAAGCCCCAAUAAACGACCACCGUCGCUGUCAUGAUCGAGACCUUGCGGCUUGCAUCGUGCGGUGCCGGUGACAGUAAGGAAUGCAAAUCGGUUUAUAAAAAAAAAAAA